AUGGUGCACCACCGCAUCGUCGCGCUGGAGGCCAUGCACACGGCGCCGCCACCCUUCGACUUCCCGGCGCCGCACACGUUCGACAUGACGGUGCACCAGCGCACCGAGGCGCACCAGCUGCACGAGCGCAUCCGCGACGCGACCAUCGUCAUCAACGUGGUGCACCCGAUCAAGGGCGAGGCGCUCUCGCCGGCGGUGACGCCGCACCUGCGCCUCAUCGCCGUCAUGGCCGCCGGCACCGACAGCGUCGAUCUGGACGCGUGCCGGGCCCGCGGCAUCCGCGUCGUCAACUGCGCCCACGCCAACGUCCAGAGCGUCGCCGAGCACGCCCUGGGCCUGUACUUUGCCGCCCGCCGCCGCACCGUCGUCAUGCACGAGCGCACCGUCGGCUCCGUGGGCGACGGCACCGAGUGGGCGGCCAGGAACACGCUGAAUCCGUACAUGCGUGCCGCUGGCGGGCGCGCCCCGCUCAACUGCGACGAGGAGGUCGUGGCCAUCAUCGGGAACGGGGCAAUCGGCAAGCGCUUCGCUCAGCUCGCGCGGCUGAUGGACAUGAAGGUGCUGGUGGCGGCGCGCAAGGGCGACAGCAAGCCGGCGCCGGCCGACCGCGUCUCCUUUGGCGAAGCGCUCGAGAAGGCGACGGUGGUGGUGCUGACGUGCCCGCGCAGCCCGGAGACCAUGGACCUGAUGUCGACGGCCGAGUUCGAGCGCAUGCGGCCCGAGGCGGUGGUCAUCAACGUGUCGCGCGGCGGCAUCGUCAACGAGCGGGCGCUGGUGCAGGCGCUGCGCGACGGCAAGAUUGCUGGCGCCGCGACCGACGUCUUCGAGAAGGAGCCGGCGCUGGGCGGCGAGAAGGCAGACAGCGUGCUCUUGGCCCCCGACGCGCGCGGGCUGAACUUGACCGUCAGUCCCCAUGUUGCCUGGUUUGGCGAGAAGACCAUGGAGAACUACCAGCGCAUCCUGGCCGCGAACAUCAUAGGCUGGUUGGUGGGCAAAGAGCAGAAUGUCGUUGCCUGA